GCGGAGGAAGGGGUGGAGCUUCGGGAGGGACGAGAAGCCGUUAGCUCUUUCUAGUCUAGCAUCUGAUAGUUGCAAGAUUUCCUAGUGGUCACCCAUCCAGAUAAUGACUGGCUCUGAUCCUGUUUUCCAUAUCAGCCAAGAUUAAGAAUACUCAGGAAGAUACUGUAUUUUUCUUUCCAAAUGAGAUUGUGGGUUCAGAUUGAAGUAAGGUUAAAAUUCACAUCUGAUAAUUCCUGAGGACACAGCAUAAAAUUGCCAGAAUAAUAAUUAAAAUCUCAUUGGCUGAGUUCAUUCUUAUUAAGGAAAAAAUGAAAAGUGAAAAUGAAGACCACCUAUAUCUAGACUAUUUCAGUCACAAUGAAGACUGUAUCCACCCUCUGCACACAUCUAUAUCCUUGUUUUUGUUGGCAUAUUGUGAUUGUAAGAUCUUCAGGAUAUUUUUAGUAACUCCAAAUGAAAUAACUUUUGAUGUACAACAGACAGAAGAAAUAUUGUCAAAGAACCCAGAGAUUAACUUCAUCAAAAGAUCUCAAAUUCCUGUGAUGGUUCAAAGCUGCUGUUUACCUGCUGUUGUUGAAAAGAAUGGAAGAUUUUGUCGUGCAGGACUUGCUGUGGUUUUGAGGUAUAUAGUACAGAAAACCUAUGAGGCGGAUCCAUCAAACAAAGGCAUUUUGGAACUUUUGGGCUUUAAAAGGACCUGUUUGAAAGCUUGUGCUGAAGUUAGUGAAUGGACCAGGCUUUGUGAGAUCAGUAUUCCUCUGGCAGUUGAAAACUUUCUAAAAGUAUCUCAUAAUCCGCAUCAGAAUAUUCCCAAAGAGAUACUGCUGUUUGAAAACAAAUUGGGAGAACCUGUAAGAGUGCACAACGAUGACAAAAUUAGAAGACAGAAAGUUCAACAGCAAAAAAUGCUUGACAAGACAGCAAGCACUGAUAUUUCCUCAAAAGAAGCUAGGACUGUGGAAAAUCAGGAACCUGGUUCUGCAGAUUUGGAACUGAGGACAGCUUUCUCUAAACUAACUCUGCAGAAGAUGCCACUUGCUACCAACAGGGAGCCAUCUCACAUUAGGAAAAUAAAAACAUCUGAACUUCCGCCUCUGGAGCAUAUAUUUGCUGAAGGGCUUUAUUUCACUUUGACAGACAUAGUUCUCUUGCCAUGCAUCCAUCAUUUUUUGGCUGCCUGCAAGAAACACCAAAAUAACAUACUACAGCUGCCUUUAAUAUUGAGCUGGUACAAAAGGGUUCUAGAUGUACCUGGAAUAAAGCAAGCCACUGUCAAAUGCAAUAUAAAAAAUAUCCUAAAUUGUCAAUCACACCCUUUACCAAAUGAAUGCCAGCAGAAUACUUCAACAGCUUUUAAAGAGUCAGAAAACAUUCAAGAGGAAAUUCAGUUUAUAGGUGGACCAAGACCAACAAUAACAAAAUUAAUGGAAAAAGGGAUUGAAGCAAUAUUUUCUCCUCAUCCUUGCCCUAAAUGGACCCUAGACUGGGACAGUUUACCUGCUGCAGUCAACCCAGGAAAAGGAAAGAUGUCUGCUGAUCGUGCCUUGAGGAAACAGCAGCAACUGAAUAAUCUAAUUGCUUUAGUGACAAAACUGGCUAAACCUGGAGAUGUAAUUGUGGAUUUUUGCAGCGGUGGGGGCCAUGUUGGAAUUGUUCUUGGUUAUAUAUUACCACUGUGCCAGAUAAUUUUGGUAGAAAAUAAAGAACAGUCACUCAUAUGUGCUGAAAAAAGAAGUGAUGAAUUAGGAUUACAUAAUAUUUGGUUCAUCCAAGCAAAUAUGGACAAUUUUAAAGGAAGUUUUAAUAUUGGGGUGGCACUGCAUGCUUGUGGAGUGGCAACAGACAUGGUCAUUGAACACUGUGUCAAAGUUGGUGCAGCAUUUGUUAUCUCUCCUUGUUGUUAUGGUUUUAUACAGAAUACAUCCAAAUUUGCAUUUCCACAAAGCCAUCAGUUCAAGAAAGUGUUGUCAUACAAGGUAAGGAAAAGAUAAAGUUUGGGUUUAGAAUUUCA